GAGCGCGGCGAUUGCGAGACGCUAACAUGGCGCCGGGCGGCGGGCGGCGGCGCGGCGGGGGCGGGGGGGGCGGCGGCGGCGGCCGCCCCGGCGGCUCCCCGGCGGCUCCUCCGUUGUUGCCGCCGCUGUUGCUGCUGCUGGCGCUGCCCGGCGGGGCGGUGCCGGCGGGGGACAGCGUGAUCCUGGGUAUGCGCUUAGAGAACAGCACGAAGCCGGCGGCGGGAGCUCCGGUGUCCGGGCCCAUCCGUGUCACGGAGGAUAGCAAGGUGCUGCUCCGCCUCUACGGGCUGGGGCUGGGCCCUCGUACCGGCGAACGGGUGGCUUUCGCCGAGCUACCAGAGACCGCCAACGCUUCGGUUCCCAACGGCACCUGCCCCGAGCGCUCCCAGGACCUGCUGGUGCAGCCCGGAGCGGCCGAGGCCUACAGCACCUCGGCCCUGCUGUGGGUCCGCGUCCAGCCCCUGCGCAAGGACGAGCAGAACAAGACCUACGUCCUCUGCACCCAGCGCCGGCCCGGCCAGCCCUGGUUGCCCCAUCAAGGCACCGACGGUCAUAUCGUGGUGUUGGAGGAGAAGAAGUCGCUGUUACCCCUUUGGUUGCAGGUGAUCCUCAUCGCCGGGCUGCUGGUGCUGUCGGGGAUGUUCAGCGGGCUCAACCUGGGCCUCAUGGCGCUGGAUCCCAUGGAGCUGCGCAUCGUGCAGAACUGCGGCACCGAUAAGGAGAAGCGUUACGCCCGUAAGAUCGAGCCCAUCCGCCGUAAGGGGAACUAUUUGCUCUGUUCCCUGCUGCUGGGUAACGUGCUGGUUAACACCACCCUCACCAUUUUCCUCGAUGACCUCAUCGGCUCCGGCGCCGGCGCCAUCGCCGCUUCCACCAUCGGCAUUGUCAUCUUUGGGGAGAUCGUGCCCCAGGCGCUCUGCUCCCGCCACGGCUUGGCUGUGGGUGCCAACACCAACGUCCUCACCAAGUUCUUCAUGCUGGUGACGUUCCCCCUCUCCUACCCCAUCAGCAAGCUCCUCGACUGCAUCCUGGGCCAGGAGAUUGGCACCGUCUACAACCGGGAGAAGCUGGUGGAGAUGUUGAAGGUGACGGAACCCUACAACGACCUGGUGAGGGAGGAGCUCAACAUGAUCCAGGGAGCCCUGGAGCUCCGCACCAAGACGGUGGAAGACGUGAUGACCCCGCUGCAGAACUGCUUCAUGAUCAACAGCGACGCCAUCCUGGACUUUAACACCAUGUCAGAGAUCAUGGAGAGCGGCUACACUCGCAUCCCUGUCUAUGAGGACGAGCGUUCCAACAUCAUGGACAUCCUCUAUGUCAAAGACCUGGCUUUUGUCGACCCCGAUGACUGCACCCCGCUCAAAACCAUCACCAAAUUCUACAACCACCCCGUCCACGUUGUCUUCCACGACACCAAGCUGGAUGCCAUGCUGGAGGAGUUCAAAAAGGGGAAGUCCCACCUGGCCAUCGUGCAGAAGGUGAACAAUGAGGGCGAGGGAGACCCAUUCUACGAGGUGCUGGGGCUGGUGACGCUGGAGGACGUCAUCGAGGAGAUCAUCAAGUCAGAGAUCCUGGACGAGUCGGAUAUGUACACUGACAACCGCAACAAGAAACGGGUGGGCAACCAGAAGAACAAGCGGGACUUCUCGGCCUUCAAGGACCCUGUCAAUGAGCUGAAGGUGAAGGUCUCCCCGCAGCUGCUGCUGGCCGCUCACCGCUUCCUCUCCACGGAGGUGACGCUCUUCACCCCCAACUUCAUCUCAGAGAAGAUCCUGCUGCGGCUUCUCAAAUAUUCCGACGUCAUCCAGGAGCUGAAGUUUGAUGAGGAGAACAAGAAAGCCCCACGCCACUUCCUCUACUGCAAAAACAAGGCAGCCGACUACUUCAUCCUCAUCCUGCAGGGCAAGGUGGAGGUGGAGGCUGGCAAGGAAUGCAUGAAGUUUGAAGCGGGAGCUUUCUCCUACUACGGCGUGAUGGCCCUCAGCCCCUCUCCCGCAUCUGAGAUCCGCUCCCCGUCCCACGUCAGCAGCCUGAACUGCUCGGCCUCCCUCAGCUACCACGAGCGCUUCGACUCCGUCUCCUCCCCUGUCAGCAGCAGCAACAACCAGCUCAGCGCCAGCACCGGUGCCCAGUACGUGGCCGACUUCAGCGUCCGCGCUCUCUCCGACCUCCAGUUCAUCAAGAUCACACGGCAGGAGUACCAGAACGGUCUGAUGGCCUCCCGCAUGGACAGUUGUCCCCAGUCCCCCGACAGCAACACCCCUAAAACGGACGCCGGUUUACCGGAGAAACCAGAACCCUCCACCACUGCCGACGAGACCACCAGUCUCCUGAACGAGAGGAACUGCCUGAGCCGCCGGAGCAACCACAGUCCCCUGGAAAACUCCAUCUGACCCCGGCGCGCGCCGGGAGGGACCUUGCGUGCCCGUUUUAGGGACCCUUUCCCCGGUAGGAAACGCUCGGCGUCUCCUCGGUGACGCCGCACUGGGUGCCGCGGUUGCCGGAGAAGCCCGGUUGAGCUGGAGGAGGCGGUGGCAGCGCGGAGGGGAACGGAGCUGGGACUCGCUGCUGCUUUCCAGACUGGCUUAUUUUUAAUUAAUUUAAACGGAUGGCAGCGGAGACGGCACAACUCUCCGCCUGCCGCCCCGCCGACGGCGCUCAUUCAGCUCAGGGAGCUUCAGGUCUUGUCUGCCACUUCGGGGCGGGGGCUCCGCCGCAGCCCCCCGGCACGGGCAUCCCGGCCCCUUUGCGGUGUUUUCGGGGCACAACGGUGGACGAGGACACCUGGGGUAUGGCAGCAUCUCGUCCUCCUCCCGGUGAACCGGGGCGAUGCUGUGACCUUUCCCGGUGCCCGUUCCCCUUUCCCGCUGGCCUGGGGCACGGGGGGGUGCGGCGGUGGAGAGCUCUGACGCCAAGGGGGUGGGCUCAGCAUGUCUCCUGCGCAAAGCCGGACACAACUGCGGCCGAGACCCCCCGCUAUCCUGGGAGAUCCCCCCCCGCCUGGCCCCUCCACCACCCACCGGCGUCAUGGGCGUGCUGAGGACGCAGGGACGGCGCCCCCCGGCCCCCGGCGGUUUCGGUGCCUUCCCCCCCGCCGCCGAGGCGAGCGGGUUGGGGUAUCUCAGGGUAUCCGGAUCAGGGGGAGCGGUGAAAAGGGGGGGUGAGGGGGGAUGCAGGAUCCGGCUUUUCGGGGUGGCACAAAGCUAGUGACCAAAGUUGUACAGGCAGGAGGGGGCCAGCGCCAUGUCGUGUGUGUGUCCCCCCAGCACCAGGGGACCCGCGAGCCCCCCCGUGUCCUCCUUGGGGCAGCAUGUGGGACCCCCAGUGAGCACCGGCUGGGCCCCCCCACCCCGCUCCCCGGAGCGUCAUGCCCGCUGGGGGGAGGGCAGGAGAGACAGCCCCUCAUGUCCCCCCUCCCCAAAAAAGCACAAAUUCCCUGGGUGAACUGUGUAAGUUAUUGGGAAAAGGUUAAUUAUUUUUGUUAAUCACAUCUCGACGAUCAGGUCCUAGGUCCUUCCGCGGGGAGAUACUAGAAGUAAUAAUAAUAAUAAUUAUUAAUAAUAAUAAUAAUAAACCAAGACAUUAAAAAAAACCCUUUUUUUAAUUAAAUCUUCCUCUAUGCAACCCCUCCCCCCCAGCUCUGGGAAUUCGUAUUUAUUUUUCACAACAGUUUGAUUUAUGUAUUUGGGGGAGGCCGGACCUGGCGGGUGUGGGGGGGCCGGGCCUCCCCCCUCGCGGUGGCGACACCCCCCCUCCCCCUCCCGCCGCCCCCUCCUUGUUGUGAAACCGACUGUGGAAUUUUAUUUGAUGGGUUUUGGGGAGGGGGUUGCUAGUUCAGUAAUUAAAAAAAUCUAUAUCUGUA